AUGUUGCCACAUCAACUAUCUGUAUUGUGUUUCAUAGUAAUCUUGAAUCGAGCAUAUGCAGCGAUGACGAUGAAGCAAGUUGAACAGUCUUUGGCUAUGUUUCGCAAAUCGUGUUCCGAAAAAGUUGGAGUUGAUAUAGCUUUAAUAGAAGGGUUACAUCGCGGCGAAUGGCCAGAUAAUGACAAAAAUUUAAAAUGUUUCAGUAUGUGCGUUGCACAGUCUUUUGGAACUCUAACCAAAAAGAAUGAUAUUUCGGAGGCAAAAGUGAGGAAGCAAAUUGAGACUACGUUGCCAGUAAAUUUGCGUGCAUUUGCACUUGGUGCGCUGGAUGCAUGCAAAGAUGUUCAAAAAAAUUACAAAGAUCCCUGUGAUAAAUCAUAUUAUUCCACCAAAUGCAUGUAUGAUUUUAGCCCAAAAGAUUUUCUUUAUCCAUAAAACCAAAUCUUAUAAGAUAGAUUUGUGUACAAAUUUAUUAUGUAAAUUUGUCGAAUGU